GCGGAGGAGGCGGAGGAGGCGGAGGAGGCGGAGGCGGAGGAGGGUACGAAAGGGCAGGCGCCAAAGCCGUCGCGCGAGGAGCGGAUGGCCAAGCUCAAAGAGCUGCGGAUGCGAUUGAACGAGAGUGCGGCCGCGAACCGGCGCGACUUGGUCGAAGACCACCAGAAGUCCAAGGUGACGGCGCGCGAGCUCGCGCGGCUCGAGAAGCAGCGCAAGCUCGCCAAGACGCUGCGGCUCAAGGCGGACGCCGAGGCGAACGGCGAAGACUUGGAGCGCCGCAAGGCGUGGGAGUGGAGCAUCGAGCAGAACGAGCGCUGGGAGCAGAAGCAGGCCGAGACGCGCGAGCGCCGCGACCACACUUUUAACCAUGCCAACGACGAAGCGCAUAGGAAAUACGAGAAGAAUGUGCGCACGAGCAAGCCCGACCUCGUGGGCUAUGCGCGGCAGAAGGAGGCCGCGAUGGGCCUCGAGCCUGGCUCGCUCGUGCCCCUCGGCCUCACGAACGACAUGGCCGCCGCCGGGCCCAGCCGCAACGCGGCGCUCAGCGCCGCAGAGGACUUGUACCGCUCCGCGGACACGCUCGCGUACGGCGACAGCAAGCCGAGCGAGGACGCCGUCGACCGCGUCGUCGGCAAGAUCAACAAGGAGUGCGUGGAGGACGCGCGCGAGCUGACCCCACGCAAGAAGCGCGACGAGAGCGGCGACGUCACGUACAUCAACAGGGCGAACAAGGUGUUCAACUCCAAGGUCGCAAAGUUCUUCGACAAGUACACCGGCGACAUCCGCGCCAACCUCGAGCGCGGGACUGCGCUCUAG